AUGGGAGGCGAUCUCAACUUGAAGAAAUCAUGGCAUCCUCAUCUGAUGACCAACCAGAAGCGCGUCUGGGCCGAAGAAAAGAAAGCACUGGACGAGCGCAAGAAAAUCGAGCAAGUGCUCAAGGAGCGCGCAGAGGAGCGCCAGAUUCUCGAGCUCGAGCAGAUGCAAGAGGCGGCCGGUGGCAAGAAGCGGACUGAUCGUGUCGACUGGAUGUACAAUGGCCCCGGCUCGAACGGACCUGGUGCCGGUGUGAGCGAGGAGAUGGAGGGGUAUUUGCUCGGCAAGCGCAGGCUGGAUGGGUUGGUGAAGAAGAGUGAGACCGAGAGCUUGAAGAAGGAUGCUGAGUCGGCGGGUGGGGAGGGUGGAUUUAUGGCACUCAACACGAAUGCGAACUCGAUGAGGGAUACGGCGUCGAAAGUAGCGAGCGAUCCCAUGCUUGCGAUCAAGAAGCAGGAGCAGGCUGCUUACGAGGCCAUGAUGAGCGAUCCUGUCCGGAGGAGGCAGCUGAUGCAGGCCGCAGGGAAGGACGAGGAUGAAGAGAAACCGAAAGACCGCGACCGGGAGAGGAAGCACCGAAAGCACAGGCAUCGACAUCGAGAUGACGAUGGGCACAGGAGCAAAAGGCGACGAUACUCUGAAGAAGACGACGAGAGGCGGUCGCGUCGUCAUCAUUCUCACCGGCACAGAAGGAGGCCAUCCAGGAGACAUCGCGAUGACCGCAGAUAUCGAUCGAGGCGGGACCGUGCUGACAGUGUUUCGCGCUCCCGGUCGCCUUACAGACGCCGUGGCAGUCCUUCGCCAUCGCCGUCUCCAUCUCGUUCGCCACCAAGGCGUCGCGAUCGAGAUGACCGCAACGACCGCAGAAGGUCGUAUCCCAGCCCACGGCGCUCUGGCUCGUCCGACUCGAGGUCAAUAUCACCAUACAAAGCUGGCAAGGACGACAGGAGCCGACAAAGCGGUCGACGCUCACCGUCUUACGGUCACUACAAGAAACCCUACACCUCGCCUCCCGGAGACAAGCGACCUUCCAAAAAUGCUGCGGACCCGGAAACCGAGCGCCUUGCAAAGCUGGCGGCCAUGCAGUCGAACGCUUCCGAUCUUGAGACUGAGCGCAAGUCAAGGCUGGCUGACAUCGAGGCCAAGGAGGCACGACAGCGGGAGGAAGACGACAAGAAGCGUUCUGACAAAGCCCGCUUUAUUGGCAGUGUGCGAAAGGAAGCAGAGGGUGUGGACGCCGGGCGGAGGUUUGGCAAAGGGCGGAUGGAGCUUGAUUGA